GACAGAUUCCGUUGACAUUGCUGAGGAGGAGGAGGCUGGGACAGAUUGGUGUUACCAAACGUGAAGGAUUCACUGAGGGGAGCCGCAGUUCAGUGGCAGCCCGCUUCUUGGCCGUGAUAUCGGGACACGGUUAGAGUCAUGUAUCGGCGGCCGCUGCAGUCCGCCGUCAGAAACGUUAUUAACGUGACAGCGUCCAGAGCCGCCACCGGAAAGGUGUUAGAUCAAGAAGCCUGUCUUGCCAGAGCUUUAGUAGCUUGCCAACUGGCCAGAGUCUCCUCUCCCUGUUUAACACCAUGUCGGACACUGCACAUCACCACACAGCUCUGCAAUGUCAAGCAGACGCCCCAGCACUCAGAGGAAGAAGUCGGGGCAUUCACGAAGCUCAUUGAGGCCAUGGGCUUCACUGGACCUCUGAAAUACAACAAAUGGAAAAUCAAGAUUGCUGCCUUGCGCAUGUACACAUGCUGUGUAGAGAGAAUCAAUUACGACGAGUUCUUUGACAAGUGCUCCCUCCCUGACACACUCAACUCUUGGUUCUUGGUAGCGCAGCUGCACGUGUGGAUGUGUUUGGUGCGGAUGCGUCAGGAGGGCAGAGAAGGAAAGUACAUGUGCCGUUACAUUGUCCACUCCAUGUGGGAGGAUGUCGAGCAGAGGAGCAAAAUCAUGGGGAUCGAUGCCAUCCAUAGAAAGGAAGGAAUGAAGGUGAUGACGGAGACGUUUUACGCUGCAAUAUUUGGAUAUGAUGAGGGAAUCCUGUCUGAUGACUCUGUGCUGGCAGCAGCUCUGUGGAGAAACAUUUUUAACUGUGAGUGUGAAGACCCCAAACAGCUCGAGCUCAUGGUGGAAUACGUACGCAAGCAGAUGCAGUACAUUGAUGCUCUGGACGGGGAGGACCUGCUGCUGACAGGAGAGGUGAAGUGGCGCCCUCUGGUGGAGGAGAACGCACAGAGCAUCCUGAAGGUGGCCACGCCCACGUACAACGACACAGGACUGUGAGACCAAGAGACAGACUCCUGUUUCCUCUGAUCCAAAGUCCUCUUCCUCUGACCUCUUCUCCUACUUCCUGUCACUUAUCUUUUCCCACCUGUGUGUCUUCCUCCCUCCCUCCCACCUGUAAUCAUGUAACACCUCCCCUCCUGUCUCUCUCUUCUUCUUCUUCUGUCAUAUAAGGAGGGAUUUUAAACCUGACAUGAGGUCUGUUGCUGUAGUUUUCUCCUCUUUUUCGUUUGUCUCCUCUUGUAUACCCAAAACACAACUUCUCGUCCUCCUCCUCGUCCUCUGUCUCUGGAGGUAGAGUAUAGGCAGGAUAGACAGUCAGGGAUUAUUAUCACACCAUCUCAGUCACCCACCAAUCAGCGAAUCAGCCAGUCCAAAAACAGGAAUUGCCAUGCACCAUCAUUAUCAUCAUCAUCCUCAGCUUCCAUCGCUGUCCUGUCGGUUUUGAGAGCCUCUCCCACUUUCUCUUUGCAAACUCUUGGACUGUUGAGGAAAAAAACCCAAGAAGAGAACAAGACACUGUAUUUAUAUUUUUCACGUUUGUUUUCUUUCCAUGAAUGCCACGCUGUAUUUAUAAAGUAUUUUGUAUACUUCCAUGUUUACACUCUUCCCCUGCAGAGGUGUUAGCUCAGACUGCUGACACUGCUCCUUCACUGUGCGUUCAAUAAAGUCUCACUCUGAUCAGACAUGAAAGUCACGGUUCCAGGAAACAGACGCCAGAUUUCAUCGGGCUAACGGCCCUUUUUCUCUCUGUGUCAGAGGUCUGUAGUUAAACUCCUCUGCUCCUGAACAUCAACAGUCUGUAUGUUCCUCUGCUUGUCUCGCUCUCUCGCCAUGAUGCUCUCACACCAGAACAGGAAGCUGAGCUCUCAAAGACUUAAACGUCAUCACUGUAUUAAAAACAAUGAGAUUCGUUUUGUUUUUAAAAAGUGGAAAUAAUAAAAUGUUAUCUGGAUGUAUAAAGCCA